AUGUCGGCAGACUCAUCUAUCAGCAGCUUUCACGAUGAUUCGGAUCCAGACCACACGACCUCGUCCGAAGAAUGGCAGGAUGCACCUCAAAGUAGCCCCCAGGAAGAGCGGAACCCACCGCGGGUUCGAUUCCGAUCCAAUGCGGAUUUCAUGCAGGGUGUUCAGCAUGGCCAGCCAAAGGAAGGACUCCGGGAAGAAUGGGAUCACUCUCAGCGCCAAGGGGAGCCUCACCGACCGACGACACCUUAUGCCCAUGAGUCCGCAGAUAUCACUGAUACCUCAUUGCAAGAUCGCGAAACACAACCUGGGCAAACUAUGGGUGUGCCAGGGAUCGACACGGUAGAUCACAGCGAGAAACAUGAAGAUGAGAAGAAAGAGCCAGAGAAUGCCGAACGGCGAACCACAAUGCAGAGAUGGCGGAAUGUCACCCGAAACUUCAAGCUGAGAGCAUCGGAGUUUGGCGAUCGAUUGGGUCGCCCACAGACCGAAGGAGACGAUCUUUCAGCAGCAAGGUAUCAUGCAGACUGGGCUACCGGAGGCGAAGCUGCUCUGUCUGAUAUGACAGAUGAUAAACAUAAGAGCGCCGAACAGAAGAAAAAUGACCAGGCAAACAGUAGUUCCGAGGCACAUCGCCUCGUUCGGGAUUUAACUCAAGACCAUUCCCAAAAGCGCCGCAAAGGUCGAGGCAAGCCCUAUCCACAUCAAGACAGCGAGUUCAAGGACGAGGAUAACGAGACAGGGCUGGAGUCAAGUCUGAGAUACCGGUCUGGGGGUGGUGGUAUCCUGUCACAAUUGAUCAAGCUGAACGGUGGUAAGCCCCCUGGGGCUGAUGACCAAUCUCAAUCAUCCUCCCAGUCAUCAGCUGAUACCUCUACCAGAGGAGGAUCGGGACAAAGCACAAACGUGACCACGCCCAGAAAAGGUCCACCGAAAUGGUACAAAAAAAACCAAAACACAUCUAAAUCGACCUUGAUCGGCGGAGGCCCCGGGACCUUCAGCGGCGCAAGUACUCCGGUUUCCAAUGAAGUUUUGUCUGCGGCAGCGAAACGCCGUGGCCAAGAGAACAGUGCCGGCGCCGGAACGUGUGGAGAUGGAGGAGGAGGGAGAGGUGGCCGGAAUAUCCGACUUGAGGACGAAAUCCGGGUUACGGUUCACAUUGCUGAGAUUAUCUGUCGGCAACGGUACAUCAUACAGCUAUGCAGAGCGUUGAUGUCAUUUGGUGCUCCCACGCAUAGACUUGAAGAGUACAUGCAAAUGACUGCAAAGGUGCUUGAGCUCGACAGUCAGUACUUGUACUUGCCUGGGUGCAUGGUCAUGUCAUUUGAUGACCCGUCAACGCGAACAACAGAGGUGAAGUUGGUUCGGGUUGCCCAAGGAGUCGAUUUGGCGCGCCUUUCAGACACUCACCUCAUUUACAAAAAUGUGAUCCACGAUGUGAUGGGCAUUGAAGAGGCAGUCCAGGAGCUUGAUGAUGUGAUGAAGAAAAAACCCCGGUUUCCUAAAUUCAUCAUCGUUUUGGUAUACGGUUUAGCUACUGCCACUGUGGGACCGUUCGCUUUUAACGCGCGUCCUAUUGAUAUGCCCAUCAUUUUUCUCAAUGGCCUUCUAGUUGGACUGAUGCAACAUGUUGCUGCUCCUCGUUCUGUGUUGUACUCCAAUGUGUUUGAAGUCACAUCAACUGUGGUCACAUCCUUUCUUGCCCGAGCGUUUGGUAGCAUUCCACUCGCAAUCGUGGAUGGCAAACGAGAGUAUCUGUUUUGCUUCUCGGCCAUUGCUCAAGCCUCGAUUGCAUUGAUCCUACCAGGCUUUUUGGUGUUGUGUAGUAGCCUGGAGCUGCAGUCACACCAGAUCAUCGCAGGGUCAAUUCGCAUGGUCUACGCUCUCCUGUUCUCUCUAUUCAUCGGUUAUGGGAUUACGGUUGGAACAACCAUCUACGGACUCAUGGACAACGGUGCAGUAUCUGACACCUCCUGUCCUCCCAAGGGUGCCUUUCAGAAUCCUUAUGUCCAACGAUUUCCAUUUGUGGCCAUCAUGACUGUUUGGCUCCUGAUAAUCAACCAAGGAAAGUGGAAACAGCUCCCACCCAUGAGCAUCAUCGCAUUAUCUGGCUAUAUCAGCAAUUAUUUCAGUACAAAGAAGCUGGGAUCAAACUCACAAGUCGCGAAUACCGUGGGCGCAUUCACUAUCGGCACCAUGGGAAAUCUGUACAGUCGCCUUUGGCAUGGCCACGCCGCGACCGCUAUCUUGCCCGGAAUCUUUAUUCUGGUUCCGUCUGGUCUUGCUGCAACAGGUUCGUUGAUCUCAGGUGUACAAUCUGCUGAUGAGAUCCGUCAAAAUGUCUCAGCUCACGGGUCAGCCAGCAACUCACCUGGGGCUGGGUUGCAGUCUAGUAGUUCUGUUUUCAGCUUGGGAUUUGGUAUGAUUCAGGUUGCUAUUGGAAUCACCAUUGGCUUGUUCAUUUCUGCAUUGGUUGUCUAUCCUUAUGGAAAAGCUCGCAGCGGGCUCUUCAGUUUCUAG